AUGUUCCGUGCCUCUAUUGUUAAGGUGACUGACGGGAGCUGUGGCCGUCAGGUGGUCGGUGCCUGUCAUGGCAGCAAUAUCCGAACCAGUUUGUGGACACCGGCGGUUAGGGAUGCCGUCAAGCUGAAGAAAGAGUCCUACCGGACCCUUUUUUCCUGUGGGACUAUGGAGGCAGUUAAUAGGUACCGGCAGGCCAAGAGGAAUGCGGCUUCGGAGGUUACUGAGUGCCCUCUCAGGCUGGAACGGAAAGUCAUGAUAACACCAGAGGUGCAGACCAUCAAAUUUUCAACAGAUUGUGCAGACAUCUGGCCUGGAAUGACCUGCUCGGUGGCAGGAUGGGGUUGUACUUUCAUAAGUGGACGAGGCAGUAAUGUGCUCAGAGAAGUGGACGUGACCAUCCAGAAUAUCUGCCGAUCUGAACAAUGCUACAACCUGAGUAGGGGGACAGUAUUCUGUGCAAUGGGCCCUGGAAUCAAGGCGGCUUGUGAGGGAGACUCGGGAGGCCCGCUUGUCACUAGGAACAAAUUGAACGAGACUUUAGCUGUGGGCAUCGUAUCUUUUGGGAAUACUGAAUAUUGUGUAACUCCUAAACCUGAGAAUGUCUACACCAAUAUCUGCAUGUUUUGGCCUUGGAUUCAAAGCAAAUUCAAUGGUAUUGCUGCUGAGUGAUCUAAAGAUGAGCCAUUCAGUGCCAAUGUGCCCUCAUCUAUCACCUGGCAAUCACUGAAGAGAGAAAGAGAAGGGGAAAGAAAGAGCUCACUAUGGGCUAAAGGUGGUGCUUUCCAGCAGCAAAGGACACUAGCAGUCCUAAUCGCUUUGCAGCUUCAAUAAAUUCAGUUGUCAAACAAGA